AUGUCGUCAAAACCAACCAAGAACCAAGGCUCCGCCGCAACCCCUCCCACCAGAGACCAGUCCCUCGUGCAGAGGUUUAUGGCAGUGGCCAAGAGCCUGCAGUUUGCGUGGUUCACCGGCCAUUCUGUCGUGUUGAUCAGCACGAUCCUGUACCUGUUCAAGAUGUCUGAGGUCUACUACAGACUGGUCUACCUCGGUGUUAUCGAAUCGUUCGGCAUCAUCAUCUACCAGCAAUUUUUCACCCGCAACGAACCAUUGCAAACCCCAGGGGCCGCUGCCACCAAGGCCUCGAUGAAGUCGCGCAUUUCCGGCUUGUUGAAGAGCGAAGAUGUGUUGUACCUGAUUCUGGCCGUGUUCUGGUUGUUCACCCCAAGAUUUUCCUUCAGUUUGAUCCCAUUUUUCGCAUUUGCCGUGUUCCACGUCUUAAUCUACGUUGAAAAAGUCAUCUUGCCAAAAGUGUUCCAUCUGUCCAGCAAGGAGUCGAGUGGCAUCCUCAGGUUCAUCGACAAGUUCGUUGUUCAGUACAAUGACCUGUGUAUGCACUGGGUCGGGACUGCAGAGCUACUGAUUUUCAUCUUGAUCCUGUUCAGAGCCAUUUUAUGCUUCCAGAGAUCCUGGAUCAUGCUGGCAGUGUACGCCGCCUUCAUCAAGCUUAGAUACGAAAACUCCAAGUACAUGAAAGCCGCCUUCGCCCAAUGGAGAGUCAGAAUGGACGGAAUCAUAAGCCAUCCAUCUGUCCCACCAUACGUCAAGAGAGCCUACAACGCUGUCAAGAUGAGUCUGGUCCGCGUGUCCCAGAUCCGUUUGAGCGGUGCCCCACAGGAAACCAAGAAGCAAAACUAA